CCACUUUCACAGUGGUCAGUUGCCGACGUUUCUGCUUUUGUUGGCUCGCUGCCAGGCUGUUCAGCCUACGCCCAGGAGUUUCUGCAGCAAGAAAUUGACGGGUCGGCCCUGGGCCUCCUUAAGGAGGACCACCUGAUGACCACCCUCAACGUUAAGCUGGGCCCUGCAUUGAAAAUUUGCGCCGUUGUUAACAUGCUCAAG